AUGGAAGUGGACGUAGCGAUCGCCGGCGCCGGCCCCGCCGGUCUCGCCUGCGCAGCUGCGCUGCGGCGCGCAGACCCCUCCCUGCGCGUGCAGCUGUUUGAGAAGACGCGCAUGACGGGGCGCGGCGCCGCCAUCCUAGUUGGCAUCAACGGGCUCAAGGCGCUCAAAGCGAUCGACCCCGCGAUGCUGGAUGAUCUGUUGUCAAAGGCCAUCAAGCUGGAGGGAUCAGAGCGCUACAACAUGGAGACCGGGGAGCUGAAGGAGUGGCUGCCGAUGCGCAACGACGAGUUCUCAACCAAAUACGGCUUCCACAACGCGCUGCUCGGCUGGGCCGACAUCACCGGCGCGCUGCGCGCCGCGCUGCCGCCGGGCAGCGUCACCCCGAGCGCGGCCGUCGCCGGGUUCGAGCGCGGCGACGGCGGCGGCGUGCGCGUGCUGGGGGAGGGCGACGAGGUCCUGGCGACAGCCAAGGUGCUGAUCGGCGCCGACGGCUGGUUCUCGGGGGUCCGCGCGCAGCUGCUGGCCGACGGGCCGCCCACGUUCAAGGACGCCGUCGUGUGGCGCGCCCGCGUGCCGCGGCGGCCGGAGUGGCUGCCCAACGAGCGCCGCACGCAGUGGUGGGUGCCGCCGGACGGCAUGCGGCCGGGGGCGCUGUUGGCUGUGCUGAUCCCCGUGCCCGGCGGCGACCUGGUCUGGCAGUGCCACGCGCCGCUCUCGCGGCUGCAGGAGAAGGGCAUCUCCUUCGACCCCGUGACCGGCGAGGCCGGCUCCAGCCACUCGGACGGCGGCGGCGGCGCGUCCGCGUCCGCGGGCGCCGGCGGGGAGAGCGCAAAGGCGCGGUGCUUGAAGGUGUUCGAGGGUCUGGCCGGCAUCGGGCCGUUCAUGGCGGUCGUGGCGGGGACGCCGGAGAGCGCGGUGACGGAGCACGGGCUCUACCAGCGGACGCCGGAUCAGAUCCCGGACGGGAGCUGGGGGGACGGCAUGGUCACGCUCGCGGGCGACAGCGCGCACACGGCCUACGUCGACGGCACCGGCCUCGCCCUCAGCCUGGAAGACGCCGCAGUGUUGGGCUGGCAGGUCAAGCAGCACGGCCUGACAGAGGCGGCGCUGCGCGCCUAUGAGGCCGCGCGCAUCCCGCGCGUCAAGGCCGUGUUCACGCUCGCGGCCCGCCAGGGCGCGCAGAUGGCCGCGGGGGUGCCGCAGCAGCAGCUGUUCGAGGAGCGGGCCAAGCUGCUGUAUGGGGGGCUCGAUUUCGAGCCGCUCGGGGCCACGGAGGCGGCGGCCGCGACGCAGACACAGGCGGCAGCCCAGGCGGGCGUUUGA